AAACGAGGUUUGUCAACUUCCUGUUUGAAGAGAGGACCUUUCCAAUGGCAGCCUCUGCAAUCCCCAGCGCUCCAAAUGAAGAAAGGGCUAUCAUAGUAAGAGGGUUAGAUAAAGGAUAUGGCCGCGGGAAAAAUCGUAUUGAUGUCCUGAGAAAUUUAAAUACAACUGUCAAUAAAGGAGCCAUUUAUGGUCUUCUUGGACCAAGUGGAUGCGGGAAAACGACACUUCUGAGGUGCAUUUUGGGAAGACUGAAAAUUGAUGGCGGUGAGGUUAUCACACUUGGAAAACAUCCCGGAAGCCGUGGUCAUGGCGUACCAGGAAAAAUGGUUGGCUAUAUGCCCCAGGAAACCGCACUAUGGAACGAAUUUACAAUUGGCGAAACAUUGAGUUACUUUGGUCGCUUAUAC